AUAAAUAAAUCUCUGGUCAUUUUCACUAAUUCUUGUUUUUCUUCUUCUUCUGUUUUUCCGGUGCGGUUCUGCUGCUUCGACCUGAACAAACUGGUCGUGUUAAAAGCAGUGCUGAACUAUGAGAAUGUGGUGGAGACGGGUUCAGAGACGGACGAGGACGACAGGACUCUGGUCUCUGAGGAGGACGGCCUCGCUAACGGAGGAGGAGGAGGAGGAGGAGAGGAUGAAGAGCCUGGCAGCCCGGCCAGCGUGCCCCCUCUGGAGGCAUCGCCCCGGGUCGCCCACGCCCUGCUGUCCUACCGGGACCAGGAGGACUCCGAGGGACCCCAGAACCACCAUCACUGCUGGAGACUCGGAGACGACACCAAUGGACACCUGAACGCCGCCGCAGAUGACAGGAAGGAGGAGUAUGAAGCUGUCGGUCCGGAGGCGUCUCUUCAUGCUGUGCCAAACGGGAAGCGACCGGACGGCGCCUCGGAGCUGGACGAGUACUUCCUGAAACGUAAGCUGGAGGGAGACGGUCACCCGGCAACCAUCGCCGAGUACCUGCAGCGCAGCGACACCGCCAUAAUUUACCCAGAAGCCCCGGAGGAAGUGACGCGACUGGGCACGCCCGAGGCCGUCGGUCAGGAUGAGAGCGAGCACGACCUGCUGUCCGGUACACCUGAUGACUUCGCCCAGCUGCUCACCUGUCCGUACUGCGACCGCGGCUACAAGCGUCUGACGUCUCUGAAGGAACACAUCAAAUAUCGCCACGAGAGGAACGAGGAGAGCUUCGCCUGCCCGCUGUGUGCCGACACCUUCGGCCACCGCACGCAGCUGGAGCGUCACAUGACCACGCACAAGCCCUCCAGAGACCAGCCGCCGCCGCCGCUCAGUGAAGGAGCUGCAAACCGCAAGUUCAAGUGCAGCGAGUGUGGAAAAGCCUUCAAAUACAAACAUCACCUGAAGGAGCAUCUUCGUAUUCACAGCGGUGAAAAGCCGUACGAGUGCUCCAACUGCAAGAAGCGGUUCUCCCACUCCGGCUCCUAUAGUUCCCACAUCAGCAGCAAGAAAUGCAUCGGCCUGAUCGCCAUCAACGGACGAGUACGCAACGGAAACAACGGCAAGCCCGGCUCCUCCCCCAACUCCACGACCUCAUCGCCUGGAAGCCCCGCCCUCGCUCAGCUCCGCCACAAACUGGAGAACGGGCGACCGCUCGGCCCUCCGGACCAGCAGGGUCAGCUUGACAUCAAGGCCGAGCCGAUGGACUUCAACGAGUACCGGCUGCUGAUGGCCUCUCAGCACGGGUUCGGAGGAUCAGGGGUCUACCUGAAUGGCCGCGGUGGAAGCCCCCUGGGCAUCCACAGCUCCUCCCAGAGCCCCCUUCAACACCUGGGAGGCAUGGGACUGGACCUCCCCCUGCUGGGCUUCUCUGGUUCUCUGGGGAACAACCUGAGCGAGGUGCAGAAGGUGCUUCAGAUUGUGGACAAUACGGUGUGCAGGCAGAAGAUGGACGGGAACCCGGAGGAGAUCUCCAAGCUCAGGGCCUACAUGAAGGAGCUGGGGGCCCAGAUGGAGGAGCAGAGGCUUGCCCAGGCCGGCUUCCAGGUGGUGGGCCACGGCAGUCCCACAAAGAGCAUCAUUGACUACACGCUGGAGAAGGUCAACGAGGCCAAGAGUCUGAUCGACGACUCCAAGAGGCAAGCGGACAUCAAGACGGAGAAGUUGAACCACUCAGAUCUCAGCGGUGAGGAGAAAUGUCACGAUGGCCAGAAUCAGUUCCUGCCGUUCUGCUGCCAGUACUGCAAGGAGGCCUUCCCAGGGCCCAUCCCUCUGCAUCAACACGAGCGCUACCUGUGUAAAAUGAACGAGGAGAUCAAGGCAGUCCUGCAGCCGGCGGACAGCGGUCUACGCCGGGGGUCAGUACCCUCUGAGCUGACCAGUACUGAGCGGGCCACCAGCCCUAUCAACCCCUUCAAGGACCACGUCUCAGUGCUCAAGGCCUACCUUGCCAUGAACACUGAGCCCAACUCAGAGGAACUGCUCAAGAUCUCCAUCGCUGUCGGCCUUCCUCAAGAGUUCGUCAAGGAGUGGUUUUCUCAGUGGAAGAGCCAAAACGGCCACGGAGGCAGUCUGAGGAAGAAGUCGCCCCCCCCUGACCGCAGUGGAGCGGACGUCUUUAGCCGGUCACCGAUGUCUCUUCCUACCGUAGAUUUACACAGAGGCUUCACUAACGGCGACGCCACCCACAGACUCACGAAGGCCAACCAGUUUACAGCCAACAGGCAGACGACAGGAGACAAACCACUAGACCCCUUGGACCACUUGAGGAGCGACACUCCGUCGCCCCUCAACCUUUCUUCCACUUCCUCCAAAAACUCUCAGAGUAGCUCUUACACUCCGAACAGCUUAGCUUCUGAGGAUGCUCACGGGGAUAUACCGCUGGAUCUGUCGCUGCCCAAACACCUGGCCCAGAGGCUCCUGUCUGUGAGAGACAAGCGACCCAGGCACAACAGUUUUAUCAUCGAUCGCAACGGCGAGGUGCUAGGACGAGACCAUGUGUCCUCCGGACCCUUCGAUCUGGUCAACAUCAAGAAGGAGGUCCUGGGCCAUGACGGCGGAGGGAGCACCAGUCCCCUCUUUGGGAUCAAUCCCUUCGCCGGUGGUCCCGUCUACACCUCUCUGCCACCUCACGGAGCAUUUCCUCCGCCCACCUUCAUGUCUCCGGCCCAGGCAUCCAUCCCGGGCCUCAGGCCCUACCCGGGCCUCGACCCCAUGAGCUUCCUUCCCCACAUGGGCUACACCUACGCCACCGGGGCAGCCACGUUCGCUGAAAUGCAGCAGAGGAGAAAGUACCAACGGAAACCAGGUUUCCAGGGGGAGCUGCUGGACGGGACGGCGGACUAUCUGUCAGGCCUGGACGACCUGACAGACAGCGAUUCGCUGCUGUCCAGGAAGAAGAUGAAGAAGACUGAAAGUGGUAUGUACGCGUGUGACUUGUGCGACAAAACAUUCCAGAAGACCAGUUCCCUCCUAAGACACAAAUAUGAGCACACAGGGAAGCGUCCUCACCAGUGUCAGAUCUGUAAGAAGGCCUUCAAACACAAACACCAUCUGAUCGAACACUCGCGCCUCCACUCCGGAGAGAAACCGUACCAGUGUGACAAGUGUGGCAAACGCUUCUCUCACUCGGGAUCGUACUCGCAGCACAUGAACCACCGCUACUCCUACUGCAAGAGGGAGGCCGAGGAGCGCGAGGCGGCUGAGAGGGAGGCAAGGGACAAGGGAGGAGGAGGAGGAGGAAGAGGAGCCGCCGCCGCCGCUGCCGCCGGCCUUGAGCCCACCGAACUGCUGAUGAGGAGGGCCUACCUGCAGGGACUCGGGCCGCUCGGAUACUCGGACCCUGAGGACCAGCAGGAGGACGGCGGUGGCGGCGGCGGUACGAUCCUGAGGGACAGCAGCGAGGAAGGAGGAGGACGGGAGGAGAAGGAAGUGGACGACAAAAUGUUCGAGGAGGUGACAGAUAGACGGGAUGCAAGUUUCAGGGAAGUAGAGGAGGAAGAGGAGGAGGAGGAGGGCGACAGCAGGAGCCAGAUGGACUCGACGAGGGACGACGAGGGCAAAGACACGACGCCGCUGAUGGACGAGAGUUCACGAGAAGGGAAGACAGACGGCAGGUCGGACCAGGAGGACUGAUCCUCAGAGACAAAGAGCUUUGAACAUUUUAACAUGCUGGCUUCAGUUUCAGACAACAUGCUUUUAUUUUGAAGGGACUGUACACAGAUGAUUGGGGGGGGGGGGAUUUAAACUUUAUUCCAAGUUUCCCUCCGACGAUUAUUUAAACAUGUUUCAGCUGACCUGUGAUCAGCUCGUCUCCACGGUAACAACAGGAACCAGUGACGUAGAUUCAUCAGGUUCUAUCUGACUAAUCUUUGACAACUUAUCAACACGUCAUUAUUAACUAAAACAUCUAACGAGGUUCUACAUGUGAAACAUUAUGAAAGACUGAGAGUCAGUGUCUAUUUAGAAACGCUUCUCCGAUAUUGUCCGAGUCUCUUUCCGACUGACUUCACUGAAGGAUAGUUAACUAUAGACAUCCACAGAUUUAUACGCCCUCAGUUUAUCUUUACAGCGCUGCCUUUGGCCACGUUAAUAACAGAGAACGUUAAUAACAGAGAACGUUAGGGUUCUGCAGGUAGAACCUGAUGAGUCAAAUGUCACUAAAUGUUUGGUAUAACGUUCAGAUAUGUGAAGUGGAACAUUAGUGAAGUGGAACAUGACGAGCUGUGAGUUCUCUAAUAAAGAGAAUAUUAAUAACCUUGAGGGGGGGGGGGGUGAUUUGCGUACAGUCCCUAACGGAGAGGAACAUGUUGAUGCCAACAUCCCGUCAUGAAGCCGGGG